CCAAAGCGUUCUGCGUCACUGCGCUUAUGCACGUGUAAGCGUGACGUCACCGUCUCGCGAGAUGAGAAUGUGCGAUCGCGAUUAGCUGUCGGGCAGGAGUUGUACAUUGAUUGUUGUGAUGGAUGGACAAGGAGCAGAGUUCAAUUAUAGCUCAUUUCUGUGAAAGGAAUGAUUUUGUCUGCAGUUUGAAAAAAAAAAAAUGGGGGAUGCUGCCAAACAAGCCAAACACCGUGCAACAAUGGAUGAAGAAGAGUACAGAAGAACUCCUGUGAAACAGUCAAAUGUAAACCGUGAAAUACAUGGUAAUAAGAAGACACCGAUGGACUCUCAAAAAAGGCCAGUUCCAGUCACCUGCAGCAGCAGUCCCAGGAAUGGAAUACAUCAGAGCACUUUUAACAAUUUCAGCCGCAGUCCCAAUAGCCGACCAAUCAAUACUCCUAAAGAGGGACAUAAGAGGUGGCUUGCGGAUGUUCCGCGAAGCAACUCUGAUAACUGGAGAGAUCGUAAGCUCCAGACGUUUCAUCGGACAAGGAAUGAUUCCACUAAUGAGCAGGAAGAGGCUCAAGGAAGGAGGCGUGAUGGAGGGGAAAGAAGCAAAGAAGGUGGGAGGAGAUAUUAUUACAAGGGGAUUACGAAUAAAAAUUACAUGGAUGGACACACUGGAGUAGCUGACAAUUUUAAGCAGGAGAAGAAAAGAGCUGACAGAAGAAGAAAGUCUGAACGAGAUGAAGAUGAUUAUCUAGAAAGCCCUGUUCUAGUUGAAUCCGCAUUAUCUGAGAAGGAGUUGUUGGGCUUGCAGCAAGCUGAGGAGCGUCUAAAGAGAGACUACAUUUACAGGCUUAAAAGGCUUCCACGGAAAUACCCCACUGCUGUUUAUUGUUGUAAGCUCUGUGAUACUCUGGUUGAGUCUGUGUCAUCUGCUCAUAAGCAUAUUAAAGAAAAAAGGCAUAAAAGAAAUCUGAAGGAAAAAAAAGAAGAGGAACUACUGACCAAUCUGCCACCACCAGAUCAUCUUCAGGCUGAAGCGAUUACUUCCGCUAUAUGUAAAAUUGUACAGGAGCAUGGUCUAGAUGAAAAUGACCUGGCAGAAAGAUGUGGUAUUGUACAAGCUAUGGAAAAUGUAAUUCAACAGAAGCUUCCAGGUUGCUCACUGAGGCUGUACGGAUCAUCCUGGACUCGAUUUGGUUUUAAGAAUUCAGACCUGAAUAUAGACAUUCAGUUUCCUAUAAAUAUGAAUCAACCAGAUGUUCUUUUACAAGUUCAAGAUAGUCUGAAGCAAAGCGAUUUGUUCACAGACUUCGAGGCCGAUUUUCAUGCAAGAGUUCCUGUAAUAGUUUGUAGAGAAAAGCAAAGUUCCCUUCUAUGUAAAGUAAGUGCUGGCAAUGAAAAUGCUUGCUUGACGUCUAACCUAAUGGCUUCUCUGGGAAGACUGGAACCAAGACUUCUGUCUUUGGUAGUUGCUUUUCGAUACUGGGCGAAGCUUUGUUGCAUCGACAGACCAGAAGAAGGGGGGUUGCCUCCUUAUGUUCUUGCUCUCAUGGUGGUUUUCUUCUUGCAACAACGAAAGCAACCAGUUCUUCCGGUGUAUUUGGGAGCAUGGAUUGAAGAAUUUUCUCUUUCCCAACUGGCAAAAUACAGUCUCCUUGACACUGAAAAGGAUUUCAUGGUGUGGGAAUGCAAUAUUGCAACUGACACAGCGAGUCAUUCCAAUGAAGAAUCUUUUGUCAGAGGCAAGGCUCCCUUAGUUUUUGCUGAACCUCAACAAUGUACAGCAUCCACUGGCCAUCUUUGGGUUGACAUGCUUAGAUUCUAUUCACUGGAAUUCAACAUGGCAGAACUAGUCAUCAGUAUUCGUGUCAAAGAGAUGAUUUCUAGGGAAUCUAAAGAUUGGCCAAAAAAGCGUAUUGCUGUAGAAGAUCCUUACUCCGUAAAGAGGAAUGUGGCAAGGUCCUUGAAUAGUCAGUUAAUGUAUGACUACACCCUCCAUUGUUUGAGGGCAACUUACAAAUAUUUUGCCAUGGCCCAAAAGAGGUCUUCAAAAGCAAGUAAAAAGCAUACCACACAGCCUGGUGCAAUUUCAGAUAACCCCAAUGAGUCUUCUCUAAAUGCCUUAAAUGAAGAUAAAGGUGUAGAUAGGAUGACAGGCCUAAAUAAGCAACUAGAAGAAUUAGUAAUUGGUACAGAGUGCUCUGGAGCCUCAGCGCAGAAUAACCAGAAGUUCCUUCAGAGUCCAAGCUGCAAGGAGGUUGAUACAGCUAGCAGCCAAACCAAGAGAAAACUUGUCUAUGACACAGUGCACAGUAACAUUGUCUCAGAGGACCCCGAUUGCAUUAUAGAAGAAUUUAUUACAUGUGAGCCUGAGGGUUCUGUUGGGAGUUGUGAGGAGGUAGAAAGUUUCAAUGAUGAAUCUGAAGAGGAGGAUAUUCCUAUGAAUGCUCUCCGAAAAGAUAAUAAACUGGAUAAUAUCAUUGAUCAAGGCUUGGAUGAAGAUAGUGAGAAUGGGGAAGUACUUAGGGCAGCUAAUGAAGAAACUGAUAGUUUGUCAGAUGUAGAAGAAUUUACUAAUGCUGCUGUACCAGAGGCUGAGCACUUUGAGUUUGAAAGUGGAGACAUCCAAAAUUUAGUGGAUGAAGAGAGCACAGAAGGUACAGAUGAACUUGAAGAAAAUCCAAUUACUCAAACACUGAAGCAGACAGCAUCAAAUAAUUUUGAUGAGGAGGAAGAUGAUGAGCAUGAGGAUGAUGAUUAUCCCAGGGACCAUCUGGAUAGCCUCACUGCUGAUGAGGAUUUGGAGCAUACCUACACUGGCUCAAUGGAUGAAUUUUUGUCUGAUAGCGAUGCGGAGGAAGAUGAUAAAGAUGGGCCAGAUCAUGUUGUUGUUCCUUCUGCAGUUGUCUUUGAGAAACCCAAUGAAUUGGCUCUUCCUGUAACAGAGAACUUUGAAGAAGAGCAAAAACCUGUGCAAAUGGAGAAUGAAGACUGCAGAAUGGCAGAAGAUAAUGAUUUGCUUUAUGAAUUCAACAAACUGGUUUUCACUAAAGGCAAGCUACCUACAGUUGUGUGCAAUUUGUGUAAGAGAGAAGGCCACCUAAAGAAAGACUGUCCAGAAGAUUUCAAGAAAAUUGAGCUUGAUCCUUUGCCUCCUCUUACAUCUAAGUUCCGAAAGAUACUGGAUAACGUUUGUAUUCAGUGUUAUGAUGAUUUUUCUCCUACUGCCCUUGAGGACAAAGCACGUGAACACAUUCGCCAGGAUUUAGAGGAUUUUAUUAGGAGGGAUUUUUCAGGAGCCAGGCUUACUUUAUUUGGUUCUUCAAAGAAUGGCUUUGGCUUCAAACAGAGUGAUCUAGAUAUCUGCAUGACUUUUGAUGGCUUUGAAACUGCUGAGGAGCUGGAUAGCAUCAGGACUAUUGAAGAACUGGCUAGGCUUCUCAGAAAGCAUCAAGGAUUAAGAAAUAUCCUACCAAUAACUACAGCCAAAGUACCAAUAGUAAAAUUUUAUCAUGUAAGGAGUGGCCUUGAAGGAGAUAUCAGUUUGUACAACACACUGGCCCUUCAUAACACCCAUCUUUUAGCAUCGUAUGCGACCAUUGACCGAAGGGUGAUGUACCUUUGCUACAUCUUGAAAGUUUUUACCAAAACGUGUGACAUUGGAGAUGCUUCCAGAGGCAGCCUGUCCUCUUAUGCAUAUACUCUUAUGGUGCUAUACUUCCUUCAGCAGAGGAACCCUCCUGUUAUACCUGUCCUACAAGAGAUCUACAAAGGGCGGAAGAAGCCUGAAAUAAUUGUUGAUGGCUGGAAUGUUUACUUUUUUGAUAAACUGCAUGACCUUGCUAAUCAUUGGCCAGAAAUUGGGACAAACAAAGAAUCUGUUGGGGAAUUGUGGUUGGGCCUACUCCGCUUCUACACAGAAGAGUUUGAUUUCAAAGAACACGUCAUCUCUAUCAGAAGAAAAAGCCUGCUGACAACCUUUAAGAAACAGUGGACCUCAAAGUAUAUAGUUAUUGAAGAUCCUUUUGACCUAAAUCACAACCUUGGAGCUGGCUUGUCAAGAAAGAUGACAAACUUUAUAAUGAAGGCAUUUAUUAAUGGAAGGCACGUGUUUGGUACGCCCAUAACAAGUUUCCCAAAGGAAUAUCCAACCACAAUGGAAUAUUUUUUCGAUCCCGAAGUGUUGACUGAAGGUGAACUUGCUCCUAAUGACCGAUGCUGUCGAAUUUGUGGUAAAAUUGGGCACUUUAUGAAAGACUGUCCCAUGAGAAGAAACAGAGCGAGGAUGCGGAACAAUGAGAAUGCUGUAAACCAAAGAUACCCUGAGGCAAGAAGUCUAAGAAAAACAGAGAAUACAGCUAGUAAAAGUGCUGAAAAUGAGUCCUCGCGAUUUGAGGGAAAGCUUACUUCCAAUACCCCAAAAAAACCUAAUCAGGGAGCAAGAGGAGCUAAUGAUGCAAGCAGAGAGAAACCUCAGAGGCUGCCCACAGACAAAUGGAGGAGAUCAGAAGACCGAGAAAUGAGGGAGAAACGCUGCUUCCUAUGUGGGAAGGAAGAUCACAUCAAGAAAGAAUGUCCUCAGUAUAAAGGCCCAGUAGGUAGCCCUAAGUCUAAUGUUUUGUAUGGCUCUCCAUCUACACCAAGCCCACUGAAACAUCCAGUCAGAGUAAUACAGGCAGCACAAAUGCAAGAUGAACAAAAGAAGCAGAAAAUGUUUUUGAGUCCUCAACAAGGUAGUCUUUCCAAUAAAUACACGACUCAGGCAAAAACCAACCAGAAGAGAUUCCAGCAAGAGUCUUGAGGGCAAAACAUCCAAGAUGGAGUAUCAGGCUGUCCGUGUGAAUGCCAAUGUACAGAUCUGAAAUGAAGUUUACUCAUCCAGGCUCACGGGACAGCACCAAUGGACAGACCAUGGACAUGCCUAAUAAAAUGUUUUAUUUUAUUAUGAUGUGAUUUGAAAUUGAAAAGAAAUUGUGUUUUAAUGCAGUCCUCUUACCACGGGCACCUGUUCUUAAUUUAUUUUUAUUUCCGCAUUUUAACAGAGAGCCAUGACGUUUGUAUUUGCAUAGUAAAGUGGUUAAUUCCCACAAUUGCUUUCAGGGCUAUCACAAACGAGACAUUUUGUUGCUCGCAUAUCCUUUCUGUAGUAAACAAUGUAAAUGGCAGGAGGCCAAACGCUUGAAUCAUGUAGUUGUGCCUAUUUGUGUGCAGUUACACAAUGUAAGUGUUUUACCUCAAACUAUUUAUAAUGUCUGCUAUGGAAAGAGGGUGUUAGUCGCUGUGACCAAACACAGGCAACAACAUGUUUGCCAUUUCCCUUAGAAUAUACAUUCGUUUCCCCCAGGUUAUCAUUUUCUGCUUGGGAUACCUCUUGAAGGGUAAAUACUAUUUAUUAUUGUUGUUUGUUUACAGAAUCAGUGUGUAGAAUUGUUUGUGGACUGCUGCUGUAUUUACAAACCUGAUUUUAACCGAAAAUCUUAUGUGGUGGAAGCCUCAGUUAUACGUCGCCAUUUUAUGUAAAAAUAGAGUGGAUAACACGACCACUUUUUUUUUUUUUUUAAUUUUUAUCCUUUGUCUGGACAUUAUUUUAACACUUUAAAAUUCAUCAAAUGCUGCCCUUCAUUUAGGGCAUAUAAGGAAAAGAAGUCUCGAAGCGGGUUUUAUUUUUAAUGCUGCUAAAAAAAGAUUUUCCCUUCGUCUGUGUAAAUGUGACAGUUGGAAGUUGUGUUUGUGUGUGCACGUGCACCACGAGACAAAACCCUACAAAAAGGAUGACAUUUUGAUUUCAAAGAAUCCUAUUUUCGCAUCAAUAUUGUGAAUACUGUUGCGUUUCUUCAGAUUAACUCAUGUUUUCUUUUUAACGGAAAUGGCUACAUUUCUGAAUUGAUCAAUUGGGUAAUGAAAGAAACUGGGUGCUGCUGCAAGGUUCUGUGGUGACAGAUAGUGCAGUGUCGGGAAGUACCUUCACCAGAGGCCUUAACACCUGAUUUGUGGGGGUUUUUUGUUACAUAAAGUCGUCAUGGAAACCAGAAGCAGUUUUCAUUUGCUUUUAUGUCUUUUUCUCCUCUUACAUUUUUAAUGCCAUGGCAUUGUUUUAAACAUUUGUAAAUCCAUUAUUGUAAUACCAUAUCUGAUUUUGUCUACGCUGAUACCCUUUUGGGAAAUAAGCUCAUUAAAAUCUUUGUGCUUCCAUGGCCA